CGAUAAGUUCCAAACUCGGACGAAAGUUUCAGACUUUGCGUGAAGAGUUUACAAAUCUUGAAACCCUAAUUCAGUUUUCUACACGAAACCCAAACAAUAUCGAUCUUUGAUCCUUCCUACAUUUGAUUCUCAUCAUCAGUCAAACGAAAAGCCCUAAUCUUUGGAAUUCGGAUUCUUAAAUCACAAUGGCUAAUAGCUCUUUCAAGUUGGAACACCCACUGGAAAGGAGACAAAUUGAAGCUUCUCGGAUCAGGGACAAGUAUCCAGACAGGAUUCCAGUGAUUGUAGAGAGAGCUGAAAGAAGUGAUGUUCCGAACAUUGACAAGAAAAAGUACCUUGUUCCGGCUGAUCUAACUGUGGGACAAUUUGUGUAUGUUGUCCGUAAAAGAAUCAAGCUGAGUGCUGAAAAGGCGAUCUUUGUCUUUGUGAAGAACACAUUGCCUCCAACUGCUGCAAUGAUGUCUGCAAUCUAUGAUGAGAACAAAGACGAAGAUGGGUUUCUCUACAUGACUUACAGUGGAGAGAACACCUUUGGUUUGGUUUAAGUGUGUCUACUACUACCACCUUUGUGUGUUUAUGUAUAUAUUAUAAGCUCUUUUAUGACUAUGAAUAUGCAAAAGUUAAUCCAUACACUACUUUAGACUUAUUAAUGUAAAUGUUGCUUUGAAUUUUAUGUUCUAUAGUUUGGGUUAUACUUUUAUAGACA